ACUUUUCACACGAUAAUUACCUUAUUUCGCCAUGUCCCCAAUUAACUGGUGGGCAGCAAAUAAUGCUCUCAGUGUAACACUUUUCCAGGCCUAACGCGGCCAGAGAUAUUGAUUUCUAAUUCCUGGACAUGACAGUUUGAUUGAGAGACUUAAGCAGAUAGAGGUGCAGAUCCAUGAUGACUGACAAACAACGACAACUGAUUAAUAUUAUGGAGAAGAUGUCUUCACCAAAUAUUCGAGAAAACCUGGUGAACACGGCAGUCAAAUUUCUUCAGAAUCCCAAAGUUCAGGAGAGUCCUCUUGGACAGAAAAGGUUGUUCUUAGAAAAGAAAGGUCUUACAAACGAAGAAAUCGACUUGGCUCUUGAGCGUUCUGGUACUAGCCCUGAUAAUACUGUGAUAAAUUCUAGUCAACAAUUGGUGGCUACCCCACUUCCUGUCUCAGUUGUUAUUCCUUCGCCCUGGUCAAGAUUUAAAGAUGUUUCAUUUACUGUUGCUCUAAUUGGGGGUGCUACUUAUGCCAUUUACAAGUUUAUAAAAAAAACUCUUCUGCCAUAUCUGAGAGGUGAAGACAGCACUGAGACUCGAUUAAAAAAGAUUGAGAAAAAUCUCAGCCAGGUUCAGAACAAUAUGACAGAUAUUUUGGGCAAAAUGAGCACCACACUGAUCUCUAUUGAGGCAAUCAUGAGCCAACAACAAGAAAAAUUACAGGUGGUGGUCCAUGAAGUAGUGGACAAGCAGAACACUCAAAGUUUAGUCAAAUAUCAAGAUCAACAAAACUCCACUGAAAUAAAGGCAGAGAUUGCAUCACUUAAAUCAUUGUUAUUAAACAGACGUCAGUUUGCCGCACCGCCCCAGAACUCGCCCAUCAUUCCAGCAUGGCAGCGUGAGGUGAAAAAGGAAACUGAUGAUACGACCCCCAAGAGGAGUCAUUCAGAGGAAACUUCACCAUCAAAUGGUAAUGAGAGUAGCGGGUCUUUAGAGGAAAAGAGUUCAUGGGUCAAAAUCGACGCCAGCGACCGUGUCAGCGGGGAUGACAGUGGAGAGGACGUAAAAUCUGCUGCACCGGAGACUGGAACCAAUGAAGUUGAUAGUGUGGUCGGUCAGGAAGUUUCAGCAGAUGAAAAUGUACCAACAGAAGGUGCUAGUCUGACGGAAUCUGAAAAUAUGACUGCCAAUGAACAAUGAUAUGGAACCUGAAUAAGUGGGUUCCCAAUCAAAAGCAACAAAACUUGUUCCAGUAAAUGUGCAAUUCAUCACUAUAGUGAAAUGUAAAAGAGGUCUUGAAUUAAGGUUGUAAAUAAUUGAAUAAAUUAAUUGAAUUUGAUAUUUA